AUGACCUCCCCCACCGAGCAAGGUGUCACCCACACCCUCACCACCCCUCACCCCUCCAAGCAAUGUUUCGCCACGUCGUCGCCCUUCGAGGAGAAAAUCGGCUACUACCGAGCGGUUCGACACGGGCAGCAUAUCUUCGUCUCCGGCACCACGGCCAUCGACCCCGCGUCUCCCAGCGAUGCCCCGCAGAUCCUCUUUCCGGGCGACGCACGCCAGCAGACGCGCGUGGCGCUCGGCGAAUGCAUCCAAGCCAUCCAGGCCUUAGGCGGCAAGGGGUCAGAGAGCGUCGUGCGAGUCAGGAUGUUUGUCAGUCGACCGGAAGACUGCGUGGCGGUCGGGGAGGGGUUUUCGGAGGUUCUGGGACGGGGCGGUCAUCCAGGGGUGGGAGCGGCCGCGACCAUGGUGGUGGUGCGGGAUGGGUUUGUGGAUGCAAGGAUGUUGGUAGAGAUCGAGAUGGAUGCGAUGGUACAGAUGGACUGA